CCACAUUCCAUAACAAAUCCUGACGUCAUUAUGAAAUAUGGCGACUUGCUUGUCGGAGGAUGAAUCAACAACUCGCCAGUCCAAAACUCAAAUAGACGCCUCAUCAGUGAUCGGCAUUGCCGUGGAAAGAUGCCCACUUUGCAGCAACUCAAAAAGAACAUAUUCGUGCAAAGACUGCAUCGAACAGGGUAAUUUGACUCAUUCCAGCGGUCGCAAUCCCGAAAGGUAUGCUGAGAAAUUACAGAAACUAAACAGACUGAAGAAAGAAAGACUGAAACUGUCGGAUCAGGUUUCCGAAGCUUUAAUUGGACGUGUGCAAUAUGACCAAAAGAGAUGGGAUGCAUUAUUCUUAGAACAGAAAAAAGAAGUGUUGCUGAAAGCGAGUGAAGAGUUAAGAGGAUAUGCGGAUAAAGAACGGAAUGAUCUCCAUGCUAUCACUGAGAAGAAGAACAAUCACAUUGCCCAAAUUAGAAUUCUGAAAGGCAAAAUAUACAAAUAUCAAAAACACUUAGAACAAAGUAGAAUACACUUUCGCAAUAGUUUGGCUGCUAAAGAACAGAAAGAAGAGGACCUCGCAAGGAUGAGAAGGUCACGCAUAGAGGAGCUUAUGACAUCGAUAUUCCCCAUCAUGGAGAUCAGAGAAGCAGAUCCAGAAAACAACAGACAAUCGGAAGAAGCUGAGAAUGAUGGUGAAAAGGAAGGUGGUCUCUCGACAAGCACCGUCAGUGAGCUAGCAGAAGCUCAACAGAUGUCUUACAUUCAUGGUAAAUGGGUAUAUACCGGCAACCACAGUAAAACAAACUUCACUAUUAUCACCCCAGAGGCAUCGUUGCCUGGAGACGGAGAUUAUUCCGCUUACACAGCAUGGUAUGAGACUACCAGGCAUUUUACGCCGGGUCCUAAUACAGAGUUAGGUCAGAGGAAUCCGGCAAACUCCAUGUGUGCUGCUCUGUCCAAUACAACACAGUUACUUUCAGUACUAUCGUAUUAUCUAGGGAUUCACUCACCAAAGAAAAUAUGUUACGGGAAAUUUUGUGGUAAAGAACUGAGUCCGCAGUCUUUUUCCAGAGCAGUAGCUAACCUCAACACCAAUAUUCUUCACAUGUGUUUUACUCAGAAUGUUAGUCAGGAACUGCUGCACCCGAUGUAUACGCUUCGAAAUAUUCUGGUGUGCGUAAAAACAAGGGACUUGGGAAGAAGUGGUCCAUUUGAGGUCAAUUCAGAAUUGAUACAAACUGUGAGAAUCAUCACCCCCGUUCUUGGAUUCUCUGAUGAUAGUGACAACGAUAGUCAAGGCGAGGACGAUGUUGAUCUAGGUGGUGAGUGGGAAACUGUACCACGUUUUUCAACAUCGCCAGAUGUCGCAGCUCGCUUGAGUGAAACGUACACACCACCAUUGCAGUCUCAAGUAAUUCCAGAACAGGGGGGGCCUACUAGCAGUGAAUUGCCAACGGGAGGUUUAAUGUCGUCAGCAGCAGCAUCAGUUGCGUCACUGUGGCGGGUAGCGACUAGUACAACAGGAUUUACAAGCCAGUCACCCGAAAAGAAAUCAUGAUGUCAUGGUUUUAUGCCAGUUUGUUCAACAUGUGAUUUUUGAAUCGUUGUAUCGGUGAUCUUCCUAAUAAUCGCCGAACUUUAUAAAAAAAAUAUUUGCAUACAGUG